CGUACAGGAAAUGUCAGAGAAAAGCAGCAGCCUGAGCCUCGGAAGCCCCCCGACUCCGAAAAACAUCUCAGAGAGCCAAGCCGACGACCACGUUAAAAGUUCCCCAUCAUGAUACCGAGCACAUAUCGCGUUAAAGGAAGUGAUAUGCAGCUGCAGGGUCUCUUGAGCGGUGCUUAGAUGCAGUUACCAGAAACAAGCCGAAGAUGCAGGGAGCCAUCUCAAGGGUGUGUAUGGUCGUCGCCGCCGCCAUUUUGAACCACCCCUCGCUCUUUCCGCAAGAGAACGCCACCGUCGCAGAGCAGGAUGAGGACCUGAUGGCACGCAUGCGAGAGCACGCGGAGAGGCUGGAAAGGGAGCGGGCCAAGCUGGAGGCGGAGCUCUCCCAGGCGGACGCGAAGGAGGAUGAGGGCGGCGGCUGGGAGGAAGGUUACAGCUGGUACUUUUGGGGCACCGUGUCCUUUGUGGUGUUCUUCGCCAUUGAGAUGUGCAGGGCGGACAUGGCGGAGUCGAACACGAGGGCGCUUGACGACGACGAGGCGCUUCCUACCAGCGCAAUGGUACUAGAUAAGGACGUCCUGAGCCACUUCUGCGACAAAUGCACCUACAGCUCGUCUUACGACACCGGGAGGGUGAGGGAGUUCGUGGAGGGUCUUGCCGACGACCUCCUGGAAUCCCUCAGGAGCGUCUCCAACCGAGAGGCCGACAUGGAGGUCGGGGACUUUGUCGGGAUCGGAAGCAUGUUCGAGUGUUGGCAGAUGCGCAAGCCUCCAACGUGCGACCUCGUGGUGCCUUUAUCCCCUCCAGAGCCGCUGGAGUUCCAGGUCAGCCUGUGGUGUGAGCCAUCCAGCGACACGCCACCUGACAGGCAAGGCUGUGGCACCGUCCAGGUGAGCAGGUUCGGGGACCACGAGGGCGGGUGCCUGUGCGGUUCUGCCAACCUGGGAGAGGACAUGUUGUGCCUGCUACACUGUAAAACCGACGCAGUGCAGGUCGUAGACCGCAGUCUUGAUGAGCUGCUCUGCUCCAAAAGAACGCCGCUCUUGACCAAGGAUCGAGUCAUGAAGUGGUUUCAGUUGUCCCUUACCAAAGCUUGGGGGCGCAUCUCCCACAAGUAUGACUUCGAGGUCACGUUUCGCAGCCUGGACGCGGCGGGCGCCCUGAAGGUCCGAUUCCCUUCGGGGAAAUCCGUUAUGGUGAACAUCAUACCGGCGGUCCAGCUGGUGGACACUGACGCUUAUUUGGUCUCUCACUUCCCCUCGGACUGCGGCGGAACUCCGGACCCCUUCUGGCCUCUCUCGCUGGCCGUCUACGAGAAGAAUCUACUGAAACACGUCACCAAACUCCUACCUCGACAUUCCUGCCAUCUGCACUGCCUUCAGGUGGUCAUCUUCCUACACAGGAAGCAGACGACCCUCACGGGGGGAAACGCUUUGACCGACUACCACUGGAAGACGGUCCUUUUGCACCUGUUGCUGCUCAACAAACCGUCAGCGUGGACCGCCGACAGAACCGAGUGCCGCCUGCGGGAGGUGCUCGGGUUCAUGCACGGCAGCCUCCGGGAGAAGAGACUCCAUCACGUCCUUAUCGGGAACGACAGAGCCCCACGAGAGAUCCAGCUUCCAGAGACGAUCCGUAAAGCAGAGCCGGUCAAUCUGUUCCGGGGUUUGGUGUUGGGGAGGGAUGUUUACGCGGCGACGGUGCGCCACCUCCAGGAGAUGUUGAGGAAUGCAGCCGCGCUUUUACAAGAGUACACUCCGCUUUCAUCAUCUGGUGGAGGCUUGGAUUACUAGAAAGACUUUAACAAGAUGGUAGACUUGAGGCACUUAUUAUUACUUUUCUAUUUAUGGGGCAUAGUAUGAUGCGCAGUGCUGUAGCCACACCGUAUGGACAAAAGUCUUUGGCCCCUCCUCUUAAUGACUCAUAAGAAUGUUGAAUCCCAACUUUUUCCUGAUUCUUGAACCACCUGCAGUCCAAACGUGCCUCCAAGAAGUCUGGAAUCAGAUACCCUAUUGGCACACACCUUCUAAUUAAACUAUGGGGUUUGGGUAGACACCUUUGUUUCCCCUGAAUCUUCUUUCUUGAACAAUUCUGUGCUUCCAACUUGGUGGAAACCAUUUGGGGAAGGCCCUUUUCUGGUCCAGUGCCCAUGACGCGGACCAUGAAGGUGUUCUCUGUUGCGUUUGGUGUGGUUGAACACCACCCAACACUUCUGGGCUGAACUAGAACGGGGAUUGUGUGCCAGCGGGCCCUCUUUCAGACCCCACAUACUUCCCUUCCAAUUUUCAUUUCCCAUAUGGCCAAGUGUCCUCAUAUUAUUGUCCAUAUAGUGUGCUAUUCAGUAAAAGAUGUGCAUCUUAAACUAUCUGAGAUGUGUAUUGUAUACUCCACUGUAUGGGAGCCCAUUGGUAUUGCUUCUGACAGUCACGUGGUGUCAUUGUGAUGCCGCAAGUAUUAAGUAACUUUUGCAAAACAACACUUAAUUGAAAACAAAUGGGGAUAGGAAUCCAAACUACCUCAUUUUGAUGGCAGCUAUUGCAGUUUGAUGUCAAAUUCAUAUUCAACCAAUAAAAUAGUCUUGUCUGUUAGACAACUUUUUUUUAUUUUUUAUUUUUUUUU